AGGCGCUCCUCCCACGUCACCUUUCCUUUAAAAGACGCUGGGCGAAGCCCCGCCCACUACGGAAAGCGAAGGGGUCUCACGGCGGAGCCCGUUUACCGGCUCCUUCUGCCAGACUUUGCUCAUCGCCGGCCGGUACAGGAAAGUAAGUGAUGAUACUGAAGAGGUCCAAGAAGAGAGAUGAGACUGAAAGUAGCAGGAGUUGCUAAAAGAGAGAAAAUAGAGCACAGAGUCGUCAAGGGGCUUUGGGACAUUUGUCAGUUCAGCCUCCAGUCCUUGGAAGAUAACGGGAUUUUUCAGUGACCCAAUCUCAAGGAAAUAAGGAACAACAACACAGAAAUUACGUGUUUCUUUCCAGAAUGUGGAGUCAGCUGUUGAGUUUGAAACUGCUAAUAGAUGCAGACUCAUGCAGCACAGCAUGAUUUCAAAAAGACUCCUGGUUCAUCCAGCCUAUUAUUUAUUUGACUGAAGUAUCAAAGACAUUUCAUCAGAGAACAUGGCUUCCUGUUCUGCAUCAACCUCGAAAGGCUAAAGCUGGCAUUCUCCUCUAAAGAAGAGCUUUUCUUCAUCAACUCGGGACGAUUACAUGUCUUCUUAAAAAGGAUGGCUGCUGUUUUCCUAAAGAGGUUAACAUUACAAAUCAUAAAGACUGAAAAGAAUUACACUAGAAGAUGUUUUGGUAAAUACAUCAUGCAAAAGACAGUACCUGCACCAUUGUCCCUUAUUGCUUCUGCCCCAAGACUGUCCUACCUAAUUCGUGCAAAAGCUUUUAGUACUGUUGAAGACACCCAGGAUGAAAGAAAAAAGAAAAAAAAGAACGAAACAGCUUUUAGUAAUAUUGGGAGGAAAAUUAAUGAGCGAAUUAUUCAUGUACUUGACGAGAAGGGCAAUGAUUUGGGGAACAUGCACCGAGCAAACGUGAUUCGACUCAUGGACGAGCGAGACCUGAGGCUCGUCAGAAGGAACCCCGGCACAGAGCCUCCGCAGUACCAGCUCAUGACGGGAAUCCAGAUCCACGAAGAACGGCUGCGGCUGAGAGCGAGCGGAAAGGCUAGACCUACGCCUGGACCGACCCUGACAAAGGAACUAACGUUUUCUUCAAACAUUGGACAACAUGAUUUGGACACAAAGAGUAAACAGAUUCAGCAAUGGAUUGAGAAAAAAUACAAAGUUCAAAUUACUAUAAAGAAAGGGAAGAAUGCAGAAGAGCCAGAAAAUAAAAUAGAGGAGAUAUUUAAUCACAUACUCCAGACUAUGCCUGGAAUAGCUACCUUCUCAUCCAGGCCACAGUCUGUUAAAGGAGGAAAAGCUGUAAUGUGUGUGCUUCGUCAUUUGAGCAAAAAGGAAGAGGAUGCAUAUAGAGAAACUCAAGGGACCCAGAAAGGAGACACUCUGAACAGAGAAAAUAGAAUAGAGAAUUAGAUGUUCUGCAUCAGUAAUUUUAAUAAAGAAAAAUGUGCUGCCAAGAAAAAAUAA